AUGCGGGGUUUGAGCAGCCGGGUCCCCUUUCCUGGGGAAUUCCUGCUAGCAGGUGAGUUGAUGACCGAGGAGUAAGCAAUGCGAACAAGUCUGCCAGCUGUUUUGGGGGGGCAGGGGAUUGGUAUGUAGGGUUGCCAACUGACCAGAAAACACCUGGCCCAGCCUGCUCUUCUGCUUUUAAGGAAUUUUUUUUGGAAACAUAUUAAAAUUAUCGGGGGAUGGUUGCCUGCCAAGUGUUCCAGAUCAAACUAUUGUUCAAGGGGACAUCUAUGGUAACACUUUGAAAGGUUUCUUAAAUUAAUUCUAUUUAUUGUAACAAGCUGCUCUGGAGGGUAAGACUCGAACCAAUGGCUUCAAGGAGAUUCUGACUAAACAGCAGGAAGAAGUUUCUGGGAGGAAGAGGCAUUCAACAGUGGAAAAGACUCCCUCGGGAGAUGGUGGAUUCCCUUUCCUUGGAGAUAUUUUUAAACAGAGGUUGGACAGCCAUCUGUCAUGGAUGCUUUAGUUGAGACUCCUGCAUUGCAGAGGGCUGGACUAGAUGACCCUUGGGGUCCCUUCAAACUCUGCAAUUUUAGGAUUCUAACAUAAAGACAUUUUUUUUUUAAGAAUCCUGAAGCUGGCAGCUCUAUUAACAAGUGGAAUAUUGAGGGUGCUUCUGUUCCCUGGCCUGGAGGCGAUACAAAAGGAGGGGACACUUUUGCCUGUUUUAAGUUCUGCAUGUUAAGCUGUCAUUAAAGACAGAAGAGCAGGGUCAGUUUAAAAAGUUGGCAAUUCCAGUUUAUAGAGUUUGGGAGCAUCGUAGAGAAUCGGUCAGUGCUGAACGGGGUGGAGUCCAGCAACGUACGGCUGGCCAAUGAGUCCUCAACGCUGGCGCACGUGGAUUCAUGGGCGAUGGUGCCAUCCAGGCAGAAUUUGGGGGCACACAGCAAAAUUAGUGGGAGGGCCUCCCCAGAUUCAGCAAGUCCCAAAGUAGGGACAUGGGUGGCUCUUUGGGUUAAACCACAGAGCCUAGGACUUGCCGAUCAGAAGGUCGGCGGUUCGAAUCCCUGCGACGGGGUGAGCUCCUAUUGCUCCUGCUCCUGCCAACCUAGCAGUUUGAAAGCACGUCAAAGUGCAAGUAGAUAAAUAGGUACUGCUCCAGUAGGAAGGUAAAUGGCAUUUCCGUGCACUGCUCUGGUUCGCCAGAAGGGGCUUAGUCAUGCUGGCCACAUGACCCGGAAACUGUACGCCGGCUCCCUCGGCCAAUAAAGCGAGAUGAGUCCCGCAACUCCAGUCGUCCACGACUGGACCUAAUGGUCAGGGGUCCCUUUACCUUUACCUUACCACUGUAAGUGAAAAAAAUAUAUGAGGACCCCCCCAACACCCUGUAAAACCAUUAUCCCUGGUAUUACUUGUAUUGCAGGGGGUUAGACUAAAUGACUCUGGAGGUCUCUUCCAAUUCUACGAUUCUACCUAAUUCAGCCUUUGCAAACCUGGGGCUGAUAGGAGCCACCCAAAACACCUACCGGUAAAUGGUGCCCGAUUGGUAAAAUCCUGACCUAAUUUUACUGUGGUCAGUAGGCCAAACCUCUGACCACACAGCAGCAGGGGCUGGCUGAGAAGUUGGCAACUGCAGAACGUAGGAAGCUGUCUUAUGCCACGCCAGACUAGUAUUGUCUACACUGGCUGGCAGCAGCGCUCUAAGGGUUUCCACCUGAAGGUCCCUUUCAUUUGGAGAAGCUGAGAAUUGUCCCGGGCCUUCUGCACUCAAAGCAGCUGCUCUGCCACUGAGCUACGCCCCUUUCCCCUAGCGUCAGGGUUCUGCACAUCUGCGAGUUCCUGCUGGACUGGGAACUGCUGGCAGCUGAACUGGUUCGAAGCUGGUUUGAAUCUGUAGUGUGUAGACUAGGGUUGUAACAUUUUGACUCCCCCCGACAAAAAAAAAAAAGCCAUUUCCUGUAGCAAAGUGAACUUAUGCUUAAACACGCCGGAAACGGGAAAUGAAAAGUUGGAAUCACUGUAAAAGUUGGAAUCUAUUUCUCCUGUAUUAUAAUACAGUCAUACCUCGGGUUACAGACACUUCAAGUCUUCAAGUUGCGUUUUUUUGGGUUGCGGACUGCUGAAACCUGGAAGUACCGGAACGGGUUACUUCCGGGUUUCGGCAGUCGCACAUGCGCAGAAGCACUAAAUUGCGCUUUGCGCAUGCGCAGAAGCAACAAACCACAACCCACGCAUGCGCAGAUGCGCCGCUGCGGGUUGCGAACGCUGCGGAUUGCGAAUGUGCAUCCCGCAUGGAUCACGUUCGCAACCCGAGCGUCCACUGUACAUGCUAUGCCUAUUAUACAGCUACUCAUACAAAAACUGAUUUAUUGAUUUUUGGGGAGGCCUUUCCUCAAAAGAAAUGACCGUUCAUUCCUUUGCUUCUAGGCAAAAGUUCAUCUCACUAAGCCACAGGAGCAUGAGGCUUUAAAAAAAAUUAGAACCUUAGUGUAGACCAGGCAUGGCCAAACUAGGCCCUCCAGCUGUUUUGGGACUACAACUCCCAUCAUCCCUAGCUAGCAGGACCGGCGAUCAGGGAUGAUGGGAAUUGUAGUCCCAAAACAGUUGGAGGGCCAAGUUUGGCCAUGCCUGGUGUAGACAUCUGCUGAGCCAGGUGAGCGAUGGGGGGGGUCAGCUUUCAGACCAGUAGGAUGCAGGUGAUGAUGGAGGAUGCUGCGAGUACCUGCGGCCACCUACCCUGACCCUCCCUCCCUCUUGUCUCACGCAGCCUGCCUCGUGGGCUUGUGGGCUCCCCUGAGCCAAGCUACCAUUGGCAGCGUCUCGGUCGUGUCCAUCCCAGAGACCCCCAUCGAGGGUCAGAACGUCACGUUCGCAGUGGUCAACGUGACGGGCACCAUCCGCGAGAUCAACUGGUACCGAGGCGUGGCGACCGACGGCUCGACCCGGCUCUUCAGUUACUUCCCUGGGAACGGCAACCCGCAGCGGAACGGGGUGCAACAUACGGGGAGGGAAUUUGGCUUCCCCAACGGGUCCCUCCUCAUCACCAGGGUCAGGCCCAACGACAGCAAGGUCUACACCGUGAUGCUUCUCAUGCGUCCCAAAAGCUCUCUCAAAGGGUCCAUCGAGCUUCAGCUGGCACGUGAGUGUUUGGGCUCUCUCCCGCUGCCAAUCUCAUCGCCUCCCCCUGUUUCCUGUCUCCGUGGCUCAGGGCUGCAGCACGGAAAUCUCCAUUCCAGCCGCCGUUAAGAGUUUGUCAAUGCUUAGCUUCGGAGAUCCUCUUUUUUUUACCCCAACAGCUAAACAAUUCUGUAACAUUUCAAAUUUAGCAACCGGUCUUUCCACCUGCGACUUCCACCUCCCUCCGUGGUCCCCCUAAAAUUUCUGUUUAUACCUUCACCUUAUCACAAAAGGAAAACAAAAAGUUCACCCCCCACUCAAAUCCUAUUUGCAUUUUAAUAUAGCGUAUUUUUCGCUCUAUAAAACGCACCAGACUAUAAGACGCACCUAGUUUUUGGAGGAGGAAAACAAGAAAAAAAAUAUUCUGAAUCCCAGAAGCCAGAACAGCAAGAGGGAUCACUGUGCAGUGAAAACAGCGAUCCCUCUUGCUGCUCUGGCUUCUGGGAUAGCUGCGCAGCCUGCAUUUGCUCCAUAAGACACACACACAUUUCCCCUUACUUUUUAGGAGGGAAAAAGUGAGUCUUAUAGAGCAAAAAAUACGGUAUUUACACUUAGUUGUUAUUUUUUCUUUUAAGUAUUCUGCAAACAGAAUACUCUUCUGGGGUCUUUAAAAAUUGUGGACGGGAAGGAAUUUUGACUUCUCUCUUCCGCAAAAAGAAGUUGUGUCAUCCGGACGUUCCUUCCGAAUCUCCUGUUUAUUGUUUGCAUGUAUAACUUGGGAAUGCUGGAGAUGGCACGAGGAGAUACUGGGCUGCUUGCUCCUGUUACAUAACACAACUCAAAGCGCAAUUAGCGUUAUAUAACCACCCACUUCUUCCUUGUACGCAACUGUCAAACGGGGGCGUCGAAUGACGGUAGCUGAGUGGUAGGAACAUCUUCAGUGUGCGCAGAAGGUCAAUUCCCAAUGGCAUCUCCCGGAGAGGAUCGCUUUCAGAAAACCCGGAGAGUUCAGUAUUGCCACAAUGCCAAACUGGUGCAUCGAUUAGAUCAGGGUUUGCCAGACUUGGGCCUCCAGCUGUUUUGGGACUACAACUCCCAUCAUCCCAAGCUAGUAAAUUGCUGUAAAAGUUGGAAUCUAUUUCUCCUGUAUACAUGCUAUGCCUAUUAUACAGUUACUUAUACAAAAACUGAUUUAUUGAUUUUGGGGGUGGCCUUUUCUCAAAAGAAAUGACUGUUCAUUCCUUUGCUUCUAGGCAAAAGUUCAUCUAAUUAAGCUACAGGAGCAUGAGGCUGUAAAAAAAGUUAGAACCUUAGUGUAGACCAGGCAUGGCCAAACUUGGCCCUCCAGCAGUUUUGGGACUACAACUCCCAUCAUCCAUAGCUAGCAGGGCCAGUGGUCAGGGAUGAUGGGAAUUGUAGUCCAAAAAAGAGGUGGAGGCCCUAUUUCGGGAAACCCUGGGUUAGUUCAAUCAAAGCAAAGAUAUUUAAUGGGCUAAAGAGGUACCCUGUAUUGCCCUGCAUUGGGUGUUGCCAAACUACAACUCCCAUCAGUGCCAACAAGCACGGCCAAUAGGCAGGAGAGAUGGGAGUUGUAGUUGAUCAACAUCUGGUGAGCCAAAUGUUCCACACACCUGGUUUCAGUUGCCGGCAGAAGUGCACAGAUUGAAUAAUAAUAAUAAUAAUUUAUUAUUUAUUAUUUAUACCCCGCCCAUCUGGCUGGGCCUCCCCAGCCAAUCUGGGUGGCUUCCAACACAAUAUUAAAAUACAGUAAUACAUCAAACAUUAAAAGCUUCCCUAAGCAGAGCUGCCUUCAGAUAUCUUCUAAAAGUCUGGUAGUUGUUCUCUUUGACAUCUAGUGGGAGGGCGUUCCACAGGGCGGGUGCCACUACUGAGAAGGCCCUCUG